GGCUGAGCAAGAGAGAGAGAGGGAAGAGACAGGCUUUGCCUUUUCUGGUAGUUAUAGUUGCUGAAAGAGCAAGCAGGAAUUCUUUGUGCUGUAGCAGAGAGAGCUGAGAUAUAAACCAGACUGUGGAGUUGAUAUACUGAGAGAGGAGGGAGUGCUGCCCAUGGACUAAACCUAAGCGUCCGCUACUCACUACAGCUAAGUCGGAACACAGAAGAAACGCUCCCAGGCCACCAUGGAUGACGACUUUGACCAGCGCAUGGAAUUGAGGAGGCAGAGGCGUGAGCAAAUGCGUCUAGACGCAGAGAAGGGCUUCAGCACAACUGAUGAUGAUGAGGAGGUGGCUCGCGAGCGUAGGAGAAACGCUCGUGAGGAACGAAUGAAAAAGGCGGAGAUGGAAGAGUCUAGCAGCAGCACCGUGACAACAGAGGUCAACAACACUCACAGUGUGACAGAGACAGAGUUCUCCUCCACCGGUGCAGAGGUGAGCUCCUCAGCAGGUGAUGGGGAUGACGUGGUACUCCUGGACCGCCUGGCCAAGCGGGAGGAACGCAGACAGAAGAGGUUGAAAGAGGCACUGGAUAGACAGAAGGAGUUCGACCCAACCAUCACCGAUGGUAAUGAGAACAGCCAGGAGGAGACCCUCCCUAGCGAGCGCCACCGAGGCACAGAGGAGGAGAAGGAGGAGAAACCAGCCCAGGAGGAAGUAACCACCAACUCCUGGAGUAGAGAGGAGGAGAAGGAGGUGAAAGAAGAGGAGGCGACGCCAAAGGAGGAGGAGCCUGAACCCGUCACAGAGCCUGAGAAAGCUGAGGAGGUGGAGGAAGAGAAGAAAGAGGAGGAAAAGUCCAAAAAGCGGGAGGCUGCGAAGGUGGAGUUGGAGAAACCGAAGUUAAGAUCAGUGAGGAAAGACGAAAAGGAGUCCUCCCUCUCCAAGCAGCAGAACGGUGGUGUGGCGCGCUCCGCCGAGACCGAGGACCAGGAGCGCCUGGAGGCGGAGCGUAAGCUGGAGGAGCUGAAGCGGCGUCGUGACGAGGCGGACAGCGAGGAGUUUGAGAAGAUGAAGCAGAAACAGCACGAGUCUGAGGCUGAGCUGGAGGAGCUGAAGAAGAAGAGGGAGGGGAGGAAGAAGGUCAUUGAGGAGGAAGAGAAGCAGAAGAAGGCAGAGCUGGCUGAAAAGAAGGCCAAGGAGCAGGAGGAGAGGAAGAGGUUGAAGGAAGAGAUAGAGCAAAGAAGAAAAGACGCUGCAGAGAAGAAGAAACAGAUGAUCGAGGAAUCGGGCGACGGAGACAAGAAACCCUUCACAUUGGGUGUCACGCCCAAGGGCAAGAUUGGGGAGAGAGCAGAAUUCCUGAACCAGAGAGCCCAGAAAGGCUGUAAGACAUCACAUGCUCCUAUUGUCUCCAAGAUAGGCAACAGACUGGACCUAUACACUGCUGCAGUUCAGACCAACCGGGAUGUGAGGUCUCCUAAGUCUCCGGUCUCAGACCUGCCAGAGACACCAAGCAUCCGCAACAUCAAGAGCAUGUGGGAGAAAGGGAACGUUGGGGGGGCCACUGAAAGUCCCAAGCCUAUGAAUAAGGAUGCUGCUGAUAUUAAAGUGGGUGUGGCUGGACUGACCAAAGGCUGGGGCAAGAGCCCAGCAGACACUGGCAAGGCAGCUGCAGCCGCAGCUGAGAAGGCUGAUGACCUGAAACCUGUUGAUGUGGGCAACAAGCGCAGCCUAUGGGAAACAAAGGGCUCCUCCCCUGCUAAGGUGACAGUUGGAGGCAAGAACAAAUCUGUCACAAAUGCAGGUGUGGGACGCUAAUGAUCCAAAGUAAAAACCCUGAGGAAGAAGCCCAAACUGAUGAAAUACAAGACUCUACUCUGUGUAUUCAUAACCAAAAAUAUCUCCAUAACAGCCCUGCAGGGGUUGGCACCCAAAUUAUUUUUCAGUUCUGAACAGAAACAUAAUUUUUUUUUUUGUUCCGUUCCACUGUUCUGACCAGCAAGUUCUGAACCUGUUCGAAACCCCCCAAAAUAAAUAUAGCAUUCCUUUCUGUUCCUUUUUAAACCUCUAAACUCUAUUUUUCUACAUGACUUCACCAAUCAUUGUGGAUAGAGCAGCAUGCUAUGGAGUGGGCACGCUAUAGUUGUUAACAAGCAUUGGACAGACAAGUGUAGGUCACGAGAUGCGACUAAAAUUUUGCGGGUGGGGAGAGAGGGUGGAGGAGGAGGCUUGGCUUGAAGUGCUGGGCAUCUUGUUAUGACAUGCAUUUUCUGAAUUAGACCCACAGAAUUAUAGCUACGGAGGAGCGGCUUCUAUGAAGGAACUUUGAAUGUCUUUGAACUUUCGAGAGUUGGCUUAACGUUGGACUAGAGCUAUUUAGCUAGAUAACAAGCUUGUGUGUGCUAUAGUAUCCUUAACUAGCAAUGAAAAAGUUAAUCCAUUCUUCUCUCUCCUUAAUUUCUGAAUCACGCUUGUAACAUCAGUAGGCUACAGUAGCCUAUGCUUCAGAGGGGGAGGGGCAUGUAGCCUACACACACACAAACACCGGCGAAGAUUUUCAGCUGGCAGGCACACACUGGAAUAUGUUUUUGAGUGUGGGCUUUGCAGAGGUGCUUUUGUUUUUGUUUUUUGUGGGACUGGAAAACAAUCCCCAGAAUGUAUAAAAUAACGUUAGUAAACAGUUCCCAUGCUUGAACAAUAAUGGUUCUGUUCCAGAACAGUAUACUGUAGAUCACUUUAAUUCCUGGUUCUGAUUCUGUUCAUUGAAAGAUGUCAUUAUUUUCCGGUCUGUUCCCUGAAACGGUUCCAACCCCUCCAGCCUUUGCACAAUCCCUUGUACAUCCUCAUAGAAUUUAUGCUGUGAAAAUGAAAUUUGGAAAUAAUUUAUGUUAGUGUAAUGAAAAAUAUUGUAUCCCCUCCACCCUUCUGGGCUCGACAUAAUUUCUUUGAUAAACAAAAGAAAUUCAAAGAAUAGAUAAGAAACCUUAAAAAAAAAAAUUCAAAGUUAUCCAAAAUGUAAUGCGUCUUUUGAAGAAUUGAAUAAGGUAUCUAUCCAAAUAGCCAUACUGAACUGAAUUUUGUUGUACUUUUAUUUUUUUCUAUUUUUCAAGAAAAGCUUCCAUAAGGUUGACAUUAGCUGGCAGUCUGAUCAUAUACAUAUACUACCUAUAUGUCAGGAUAGAUGUUUGUCACAUUCAUCACUUCGAUAUCUUUGCUCACAGUGUAAUGGUGACGUGAUGGUGUCAUUGUAGUGCAUAUUCACAUUAUUCAGUCGAACGGGGUAUUUUAGUUUUUAGUUAUGAAUUAGCAGUAUCCACUAUCACAGCUUUUUUGAGAUGUGUUCACAUUUUGUAUUCCAUUUCUGGAAAUAUCAAAAUGAGUUUUAUGGCAUCACAGCUGUUUUUUCCUCCCAAAUAUACUUUUCAUUGACUGAUACUUUGGUCCCGCUUAGCUGGGUUUGGGCUGAUAAGCCUCUAAAUACUUGACUUAUUUUAUGUUUACGGAUGUCAAUAUUCGGACUGCCACAUGGUCACGAGGAGGCUGUCCUAAUAUGGACACCGUAUACAUGUAUAUUGAAUGGCUCUGCUCUCCAGGUGACAUAAACCAUGAACUACAACUUAUUUCCCAAUAAGCACAGGUUGCUAAACUAACCCCCUCAAAAUCAUUGGAUAAAUAAUGCCCAGGACUGUAGCAAGAUUAUCAGAGGGUUAAUCACUCCUUGGUUGGUCUUAAAGGUCUCAAUGUAUAAUAAGGCUAUUGGAAUUAAGGACUAUCCAGGAAAGGUGUGACCGUUUGACUGAAGUUAACAAUCAUCCAAAGAGACAGGAGUCAUAUCACAUUGUUCCAUGAAGAUUUUCACAACUAAGCCAAAGGGACUAGGUUUUUUUAGACCAAAGUUUUAAACAAUGAGGAGGCAUAGAUGCAGUAAAGAGGCCAAUGGAACAUAGACCAUUGGGGGAAAGAAGAAGGACACCGGAUUGGCGCACGUUCAACAAAUCUCAAAUCAAAUUGGAUUGGUCACGUACACGUGUUUAGCAGAUGUUAUUGCAGGUGUAGCGAAAUGCUUGUAAGAGCUAGAAGCGAGGCAGCCCUCUCUGUCUCCAUUUCCUCCCCUAUCUGAUCUUAACAAUGACAAAUCUGUCAUGGUUUAUGUAUUGUAACAGGUCCACAAUGUCGUUACUAAAGUUUGAUUUGGAUAUAUUUGGCUGUUUACGUUGCAUAACAUUUAGAAGUAGUCCAUUUUCAGGUUUAGAAGAAGUGACUGCAAAAUGCUAACACCCGUUCGUAAAAGCUGGUAGCAUAGCUAGCAUAGAAAAAUCGGUGGUGGUAGUCAAAGUCGUUUUUAACUGUAAUGCAGUUGAUUGAUGAUGAUGACAUAAAUAUGUAUUAGGGUUGACAUCAAUACAAGCAUUAUACACCGAUUAUUUUGAAUUAUUUUACCUCAGCAUAGUUUCAAAGACACAUAAACAAUAGCCUAAAUGUAGGCACAUUUUCCUGGGGGCAAUAAAGAGAUUCGGGAUCUUUCCUCCAUGGUUUCUUUCCCCCGUGCGUUUCCAUGGCAUUUCCAUUGUUUUGGUCGACUUCUAUUGACCUCGUUACCGCAUCUAUCAUUUCAAAACCAAAUAUGUAAAAUGUUCUGGGGAUUCUUAAGUAUGUCCUCUUUUGUUUACACAUUUUCAAGUAAUUCAUUGUAUUUUAUUUUUUAAAUUUUUAAAUUCUUUGCACCAUUUUGAAACACCAUGGGAAAUGUUCCCACAGAGUAACAUUAGCUGAGAUUUGCACCGUAUUGCAAGUUAAGGGGAAAAGUAAAGGCCCAUCUGUCUAUAUACAGUUGACUUUACAGAUGUACACCAAAAUACAAUACUGUACUAGGCAUCUAAUUAAAAUGCAGUUCUUUACUCACUGAUGUUUCACUUUGGCAUUCUGAGUAUGACGUGGUAUCGAUCUCUAUGAAUGCUCCUUUUUCUUUUAAACUUGAGGUAAAGGAGAUUAUUGUAAGUAAAGUAAGUCCUAAUGUCUAUUAUAAUGAACUGCCUUGUUCAGAGGUUUUGAUUCAAGAUUUUCCUUGUCCCCGCUACAUCAAUAAAACAAAUGUAAAAAGCUAA